AUGCCAACACCCUCUCCGGUCACACUACCUCCGGUCCGUGUUAACAGUGCCACCACCCUCAAAUCUCCGGUCACACUACCUCCGGUCCUUAUUAACAGUGCCACCACCCUCAAGUCUCCGGUCACACUACCUCCGGUCCUGCCACCACCCUCUCCGGUCACACUACCUCCGGUCCUUAUUAACAGUGCCACCACCCUCAAGUCUCCGGUCACACUACCUCCGGUUCGUAUUAACAGUGCCAACACCCUCUCCGGUCACACUACCUCCGUGCCACCACACUCAAGUCUCCGGCCACACUACCUCCGGUCCGUAUUUACAGUGCCACCACCCUCAAGUCUCCGGUCACACUGCCUCCGGUCCGUAUUAACAGUGCCACCACCCUCUCCGGUCACACUACCUCCGGUCCGUAUUAACAGUGCCACCACCCUCAAGUCUCCGGUCACACUACCUCCGGUCCGCAUUAACAGUGCCACAACCAUCAAGUCUCCGGUCACAUUACCUUCGUGCCACCACCCUCUCCGGUCACACUACCUCCGGUCCGUAUUAACAGCGCCACCACCCUCUCCGGUCACACUACCUCCGGUCCGUAUUAACAGUGCCACCACCCUCAAGUCUCCGGUCACACUACCUCCGGUCCGUAUUAACAGUGCCACCACCCUCAAGUCACCGGUCACACUACCUCCGGUCCGUAUUAACAGUGCCACCACCCUCAAGUCUCCGGCCACACUACCUCCGGUCCGUAUUAACAAUGCCACCACCCUCUCCGGUCACACUACCUCCGGUCCUUAUUAA